AUGCGUUUUAAAAGUACAGCUCCCUCCUCCGUCAUGUCCAAGUCGAAACUGCAGCUUCCAAUCCCGUCGGAACAAUCGGAUGGCAAAGUCGGUACGCGCGGGAACUCGCCCCAGAGUCUGUUAACAUUCCAAGAUGUUCAGAAUGUGGCGAAACGGUCAUUGGGUCGUGAAGUAGAUGUGAAAAAGUUCGCCCUACGGCCGUACUCCAGUGGGACGCUCGGCUUUCUCGGGACCCAUCUGAGGCUCACCGUGGAGGUUGAAUCGAAAAGCGGUGGCACUGAGACGUUGUCCUUCUUCGUGAAAGGCGUGCCUUACGAUGUGCCGGUUCAGGCUGAGUAUGUAAUCGACAGGUGUGUCUUUCUGAAAGAGAAGAUAUUCUACCGUGACAUAGUCCCUGAAUUUUACAAGGUAUACAACAAGGAACCAUGGUCGCCGACCUGUUACUUGGUCAAAGAUCAUCUGCUGAUCUUCGAAGACCUGGGCGCUAAAGGUUACACCGUUAGCAACAAAGUGUUCACCAAAGAACGCGUUGUCGCCGGUUUGACCACUCUUGCACGGCUGCACGCGUCGUCUUUGUUGACGGAAGCGCGACUCGGUGUGUCCUUGAAGAAGCUGUACCCGCACGGUUUCGUGGAGAAUUCCUUUUCCCAGACCGGCAAGUGCAGACAGUGGUUCAGCGUUGGUAUCGACGCUAUCGUCGGUGUCGCCGAACACAUCGGCUUGGACGCCAGUUUGCUGCCAAAUAUCUGCGAAGAAGUGUUCUCUGGCAUCGAGACGUCAGCCACGAAGCGAAACGUGGUCAGCCACGGUGAUCUGUGGGGGAACAAUUUGAUGUACAGCAACGACGUACCGCCCAAGUGUUUGCUGGUAGACUUCCAAUUGGUGAGGUACUGCCCUUUGGCGCACGAUGUCGCCCAGUUUCUGUAUCUCAGCGCCGAUCGCAGUUUCCGGCUAGCUUGCGAAGAGAGUAUGCUCAAGCAUUAUUACAGCGUGCUGUGCGACACGUUAAAAACGGCCAAGAUCUCCGUGGAUAUUCCAGCUUGGUCCGAGGUGGUCGAGGGAAUGGAAGAGCAGCGUUUGUGCGCCGCGAUCACGGCAGCCACAUUCUUCCAGACAGUGUUGCUGGACGAGCAAGUGGGCGCUGAGAUCACGAACGAUUCUGAUACCUACAGUAUCCAUCAAUUUGUUAGCAGAACUGAAAUGAUAAUCAACACCAUGAAGAGCACCCCCGAAUACAAUCGUAGAUUAACAGAAAUUGUCACCGAACUGGUGGAACUUAGUUUCCGUUUCGAUGAGCUCCCGAAACCGUCGUAGGUCGCUGUUUUU